UUAUAUAAUUAUAAUUGCUGCCCAAAACUAAAUUUAAAUUAUCGCAGGCGUGAACUGUAUACAGAAAAAAUCAACAAUGCCGGUCGAGAAACCACAUCGCAAAUUCUCCAAUAUCUUUUGUUUAUACAAAUAUACAAAUAUUAUGAGUUUCAGUUCCAGUGUAGCCGAACUCCAAUGCAGUUACGUUUGAAAUGGAUUAAUGAACAAUGUCCUAAAUGGUCAAAAUCUCCAUGGUCAUUUAAAGAAAUUGAAAAACUGCGUAAUUUGACUAAGGCCAACUGGGUAAAUUGGGAUAUAAUCGCGGACAAACUUGGCACCCGUCGUACACCAUUUCAGUGCUUUAGUAAAUUUAUGUCUGAACUUGCUUUGUCUAUGAUCAUGCGCGGUAGAAGCGCACAGCAAUGUUACUGUCGAUAUAGACGAGCUCUUGAUCCAAGUUUGAAAUCUGGUAGAUGGUCUGAAGAGGAAGACUUGAUGUUAACUUGCGCUGUUUGUCGUAUUGGUACAAAAAAUUGGCUAAAAGUGGCCAGUUAUGUCCCAGGUAGAUCUGAUUCUCAAUGCAGAGAACGGUGGGUGAAUGUGCUUGAUAAAAAUAUCAAGGAUGAGCAAUGGACUGUUGCAGAAGAUACGAAACUUGUUGAAGCAAUAAAUCGAUUCGGCCGAGGUAUUUUUUCAAAUUAUUUCGACGAAUUGUCGCAUUAUUUCACGACAAUUUUUUUAAUUGAAAUGCGUUCACUAUUUUUGGUUAGGCCCAAAUUUGACCACGUUUAUAUCAAGACCAUUUAUAUCAUUAAAUAUUAG